ACAACUCUAUACUAUUUGGUAGCCCUGUGCGAGCUUGCCAUAUGAAUUGGCGCAAUUUUGGCAAACAAAACUAAACAAAAUAAAAAUAGUCUAGCACCGAACAAGCUCCAGCUACUGAGGCUACAAUAAUGACGACAACGACACCGACAUUGCAGACGCGCAUGGCACUAGCUGAAAUACCCGAUCGCCUAGAGGCACUACGUGUUGCGAAUACACCAACAAAUGCUAAUCGCCGUACGCCUGAUGAACCGACGCCGGCCACUACAGCCAACACGCCCAAUGGUGGAGGCGGCGGUGGAGGACUUGGACUACGUGUGGACAAUGAUAUGAAUGUGGCACAGGCACAGGACUUUAGCUUCUCGCCGCUACCCUCACCAGAUGAACUAAUUAUACGGCAACGUGGGCGUCGUCGUUUCACAACGACCUUCUCGCCGGACAAAGUCAAUGGCGGUGUCAGCGGGAAUAGUAGUUCAAUACGCAGUCCAUUUCAGCGUACGCCUACGAAGAACCUGCAAUUGACUAGUGGCAUGAUAUUGCGCAGUUCGCCACGCAAACGAUUGACCAUGGGCAGCACACCACCCGAACCUACACCAAUGGAAACAUAUUCACCCAUCAAGUUGACCCACACAAAGCAACAGCUAUGGCCAGGCACGCCCAUAGUGAAGAAGCAGAAAAUGGACGAUCGUCCCGUGGCACAAACGAACAGCGAGGUGCCAUUGCCAACACUUCUGAUGGGUCUUUCACAUCAACAACUCAUUGACUUGAUAAUGUGCAAUAUAAAACAGGAAACUGCGGUGGCCACACAAAGUGCUGAGGAAAAGAUUCGCGGUCAGCUGCCAACACCAGACAUUAGUUUGUUGGAGCAGGAGCUGCAUUAUGCCAAACGGCUCAUAUUUAAAUCUCUGCCUACGUCGCGGCUGUGCAAGAAAACAGAUGCCGCUGCCUACUCAAAGGCAGCCAUCCACCUGAACGAGUUUAAGCGAGUGCUGCAAACGCAGGCGAAGCGUUUGCACGAUUCCACCCACUGGGAUGCUCUGGUGGACUAUGUCAGCAUGGCCUGGCAGUGUGUGGCGAGCACGCCCAACUGGGAGAGCAACUCCCACAAUGCAGUGCGCAGACAGUGCUUCAAGCUGCUCGCCUGCUCAUGUUAUGCGGCUAUCAAGCACGGUGGCAUGCGGCUGGGCCAGACGAGACUAGAGACAUUGGAGCGCAAUUUGCGUGAGUGGUCCAAGGACUACGAGGAUGUACUGUCCUGCGUGAAUGCACUACAGCGUACGCUGAACAGCCGCACCAGCUUAUAAAGCCAAGAGAGGUGGUAGACUUUAAAAUAGACCUAAGACCGACUUGCUGAACUCGAGGUUUAGUGGACCGUUUAGACUUAAGUAUGCAUCUCCGAUAAGCGAAUCCAUUUGCCAUUUUUGUAGCGGCAUUUCAAGUUGCACACACCUUGAAUGCAUUGUUUUAAAUUUUGUUUAUAUUCUGUGUUUGUUUUAAUUUUCUUCUGUUUACAUUCUGUGCACCACACAUCAUACCCCGAUUUUGUUAAAUAUACAUAACCGAGCAUGCGUCAGCCACAGUUAA